GUGGAGCGGAAGUCCUGUGCUGUGUGCUCCUUGUUGAGUCCAGCUUGACGGAGCGGCAGUCUGUGCGGAAGUUCUUUCAUCCUGCAGGGGGAGAAGAAGAAGAGGCAGCCGCUGCUUCGUCUCAACUUUCCGCCCGAACACAACAAACCGUCCGGGGAGGAAACUCCGGAGCCCCGGGAACAUCCGCACACCGCAGCCUAUAGCAGCAGCUCCUCCGCCGGCCUCCGGUACACACGGGCGAUGGCGAGGCCGAGCCACAGCGAUCACGUCCUCCAGCAGCUCAACAACCAGCGGGAGUGGGGCUUUUUGUGCGACUGCCUCAUCGCCAUAGGUGACAUCUACUUCAGGGCACACAAGGCUGUCCUGGCUGCCUGCAGCUCCUACUUCAGGAUGAUGUUCAUCCGGGACCAGCAGGGGGCAGGCCGUCUGGACCUCAGCAACAUGCAGAUCAGCGCUGAGUGCUUCGACCUCAUCCUGCAGCUCAUGUACCUCGGGCGCAUUGUUGUGGGGAGCUACGAGUUUGAGGAGCUCAAGGCCUCCAUGGCGUACCUGCAGAUGUACUACAUCCCUGACUCGCUGGAGGACCUCAGGGACAUCAGGAGCUCCAACAUCACCCCGUCCUCCUCAUCCUCUUCGUCCUCCUCGUCCAGUUCCUCCACUGGACCCGCCGGUGGGAAGAUGAUGUUUGGAGUCCGCAUGUAUGAGCAGCAGCGACCUGCUGCCCCAGAGGGAGAACGUUUACCAAAACCUGUCAGCAGCAGCGCUGGACGUCCAGCUGUUCCAGCAGCUGUCACCAGGCCGGUGGUUGCGGAGGAGGUGGUGACUGCUCCUCUGAUCGUGGCUCCGCCAGUAGCAGAUGGAGCAGUCGAGCAGCCAUGUGACUUGAGAAAGAGGUCCGGCGGCAGAAGUUCAACUAUCAAAGACCGUCCUAGGUUCGGCCGCACCUACACCUGCGAUGACUGUGGCUUUGUCUUUAGCUGCGAGAAGCUUUUAAUCGAACACAUCCUGACCUGCACGAACCGGAAGGCCUACCAUCCACCCAGAGGUAACGUGGAAGGUGACAAUGACUCCAGUAAAGCUGAGAGCUCUGCCUCCGAGAGCAUAGAGGAACACAGGGUCAUCUGUAAAGGCGAGGAUGACUGGCCUGAGGCCAAGGCCGACUCCGACCUCAGGUCGGUGGCAGCUGGAACAGAUGGCGAGCCUGGGUCAACCAGGAGCAUCAAGACAGAACCGGAAGAAAGCAUGUUCCCGGAGAUUGAGGUGGUCCGGGUUGGUGAGCACACGGCCAGAGACUGUAACACACGAUUCAGUGACGCCACACGUAAAGACAUGCUGCGGGAGAAGACGGGACCGGACCGUGAACCAGAGCCUGGCGUCUCAGGUUUGGAGAACAGCAGCGAGCCUUUUGAAGGCCAGAUGUCAAGCAGCGAUGAUUCAGGAAUCCCUGCUAAGCUUCGUAAGGUCAAAGAUGAGAAGCAGGACCCGGACUGUGCCCCCUGUGAACUGUGUGGUGCUCUGCUGACGGAGGAGGACAAGUCGGCCCACUACCUGUCCAACCACAUGGGCCACAUAUGUGCCUGUGGGAGGUGCGGCCAGGUGCUGAUCAAAGGCCGGCAGCUCCAGGAACAUGCAGAGCGCUGCGGCGAAUCCCACGGCGGUGAGUCGGACUCCCACGGAGAGGACGAGGCCUCCCUGCUGGAGGAGCCGCAGGGGAUGGAGGAGGGUCUGCUGGAGGCGGCUGACCUGGCCUGCCCUCACUGCGGCCUGCUGUUCCAGAACGAGAGCCUGGCGCUGGAGCACGCCUUGACCUGCCACGACCAGGAGCUGUUUCGCCCAGUGAUGCUGGAGGAGGGCGGCGAACCCGAUCACCGCCGCAAACACUUCUGCAGCAUCUGCGGCAAAGGCUUCUACCAGCGCUGCCACCUGCGGGAGCACUACACUGUCCACACCAAGGAGAAGCAGUUCACUUGUCAGACCUGCGGGAAGCAGUUCCUGCGAGAGCGCCAGCUCAGGCUGCACACCGACAUGCACAAAGGCAUGGCACGCUACGUGUGCCCGGUCUGCGACCAGGGAACCUUCCUGAAACACGACCACGUUCGACACAUGAUCUCCCACCUAUCAGCCGGGGAAACCAUCUGCCAGGUGUGUUUCCAGAUCUUUCCUGGCGGAGAGCAGCUGGAGAAACACAUGGACGUCCACCUGUACAUCUGCGGCGUCUGUGGAGAGAAGUUCCGCCUCCGUAAAGACAUGAGGAGCCACUAUAACUCGAAGCACACCAAGAGACUAUAGGAACGAUCCAAACGUCCUCAGCAUUUAUACUAGUUUGUUACUAAAAGCCAUAAAUGUGAGAACAAAUUAUGCACUUGAACACCAAAAAGACAACUUUUAAAUCUGCACUUUUAAAGUAUAUGCAUAACCUAAACAGGCAUUCACACUGCGAGCAGCGCGGCUGGUGAUUGGUUGCUCUGUUGUUACUGAUGGUGGGCUGAACUUCUGAUUGCAGCCUUGAUUGAAACUUUUUUUACUUGUUGAGAUUCAGUCAGGUGACGGGAAGUCGACAUGGUGCUGAAACGAGCUCCCACUGCUUUGAAUCAGGAUUGUACAAGAAGUUUCCUUCCUGAAAAGUCAGAAUCUGUUUGUGUUGAUAAAAUGGUCACACGAGGCGAGAAACAAUCAAGUUUAGAAAGCUGAUGGUGGAGGCGGACACCCGUCAGGCUGACUACAUGUACGUUUUUACAAUAUUUAUGAAGAAGCUGGAAUUUUAUAUGCAGUAAAAGAUACGUGUGAUUUUUUAUAUUUCAGGUCAUUUGCCAGCGUCAGUGUUUUGUUCCCAGAUUCCAAAAAGAUUCUUUAAGCCGUCCAGAACCAGAAAUAAAACAAGAGCUGGAACCAUUUAGCAAAUUGUUUACAAUUAUCGUUCUGUCAGAAAUGUACCAAAGUUGAGUCGGCAGGUGGGGAGGUUCCCAGCUCACCUCUCCACCUGUUUGUUCAGUCGUGUUGCUCACAGUGUGAACUUGCAGUAAGACCGGCAGUGAACUCCAAAAAAUAAAAAAAAGAAAACUGACGUGUCUUCAGCCACUUCUGGCUUUGUUUUUCACGGGUCUUUAGCAGACAGAGGAGCCACAGAGUGCAGAAUAUUGAACUACUACAACCAGAGGGAGUUCAAAUAAUGAAUGAAAUUUGUUGUACCCGUGAGAAGACGCCCAGUUGAGUUUGUUUUUGGAGUGAACUCCCUGUUUCAGAGGGUUGCGGUGCCUCAAACUUUGAGUCGACCUUUUCUAGCAUUGAUGUCAACUUUUUUUUUUUUUUUCCCAGAAUACUAAAGUCCCUGAAGAUGAAACACGGUGAGAUUUUCAUGUCGUAGUUAGCGAGCACAAGACUGCAUUUUGCUUUACGAGUCUUUUUUUUUUUUUUGUGAUUUUUCGGUUACUGUGCAGCUUCACGUUCAGCACUCGCUGUCGACAUGCUCUGUGAUUGGUGCCUUUACUGUAACACUUUUUCCUUCUUGUCUUAUUCACAGUGAUGCAUGAUGGGGGUGGACAGGCACAGCUAACGAACCCCUUCCCCCCCACCUCCCAUUCAAAGUGAAUCUAUAAAUGAAAAAGUUCAGAAAACAAAACACUAGAAGCAGUCAGCUCACUGGAACCAGCUCGGCCCCAACCAGCCGGACUCGACUGUUGGUUUCAUCUUCCGUCACACUGCGACUUACUCUAAUGCCUUAUGAGUCAUGUAAAGUUGUGCUCCCAUCAUUAUGGCUGUUUUUUUUUUUUCUUUUACACAACGCAUAUGAUCUGAAUCAGUUUCUACCAUUACGACCACAUUGUACUGGGUAGCGCCAAACCUGGUUAUCAACCUGAACCAUUUUGCAAACUGACUCAAACUAUUCUGAAGCUUAGAACCCUUGAACCCAACUCAAACUACUGCAAAACCAACUCCAGUCCCACAGUGACCAGUUCAGGACUGGUUCUCAACAUAACUAGCUGCAGAAUCAAACCAGUUCAUACCAACUCAGACUACUUCCAGAACCAAUUCAGAUGUGGUCUACACCAGUUCAGAACAUGCCGCACCACCAGUUAAAAUGAGCCUCAACCAGUACUAAACCAGUUGAUGCACAGCAAACCCAUUGAAACCAGUUCCGAACCAACCAUAACCAGUUUACGUGUUAGCAAUCCCAGUUCUAACCAGCUCAGAACCGCCUUCGGACCGCCCCAUGUGUCCUAGGACAAAUGGAAGUAAUUUUAAAACCUCUCUAAACCAGUUAAGAACCAGGACAGACCAGUUUAGACUUAACUAGUUCAGUUCUGACUGGAACUAGUAGAGAGAUAACCCGAAGUGAACCAGAUAGUUUCUGCUGUUGUCCAUGUUUGUCAGUAUCACUGCGUCAGUUCUUCAGGUUUCUGCUGCACUCAAGGAGCUACAAAUCCUCCCACUACCACAGAGUCCUGGAUCCUGGUGGAUUCAAAGGUGGUGGACAGAAAUGUAAGAAUGUUCCUGUUAAAGCUAUAAAGUCACCUUAAACGAUGUUCAGCUGUUUGUGUUGAUGUUUGUUCAGAAGCUUCUUCUUCUUCUCGGUGUGUUCAGCUGGUCUUGUUGCUCUGAGGUUUCUCUUGUUUGUGGACGCUCUGCUGUCUGAACACAGGCCUUUCUAAAGCUCUUAAUAAACCAAGUGAAUUUCUGUUUGUGGAAAAACA